AUGGGUUCCGUGGCGCUCCCUGUCGCCCUGCAGAACAAGCUGGUGGGCUACGGCCGGGCCUCCAGCGCCCAUCUAUCGGCCGUGAAUCUGGAUCUGAUCCGCAAUAUCGUAUUCAUCCUCUUCCUGUUCCGGUACACGCGCAAGACCUUCUACUCGCUCCGCGGCUACGGCGUGUUCGGCAGCAUUCGCAAUGUCUACAUCGCCGCCCGUCUAUUCUGUUACUCCCUCUUCCUGCGUGCCCCCGGUGUGCGCGGCCAGGUCGAUAAGCAGGUCUCAACUGCGAUCGAGAAACUCGAGACCAAGCUCGUGCAAAGUGGACCCGAUUUGAACCGUUAUCUCACCUUGCCCGCUGAAGGUUGGUCGGCCGAUAGGGUUCGCGAGGAGCUCAAUAAGUUGGCUGGUUUGGAGCAUACUCGUUGGGAGGAUGGUCGCGUCAGUGGUGCGGUGUAUCACGGUGGUGAUGAUCUGUUGAAGCUACAGGCGGAGGCGUUUGGACAGUUUGGUGUCGCGAAUCCCAUUCAUCCAGAUGUUUUCCCUGGAGUCCGGAAGAUGGAAGCUGAGGUGGUUGCUAUGGUUCUGAAUUUGUUCAAUGCUCCCACGGAUGGUGCUGGUGUUACUACCAGCGGUGGUUCCGAGUCUAUUAUCAUGGCUUGUCUGGGCGCCCGGCAAAAGGCGUUUUUGGAGCGAGGAGUGACGGAGCCAGAGAUGAUCAUUCCCGACACUGCCCACGCGGCCUUUAUCAAAGCUUGCAACUACUUCAAGAUCAAGCUGCACCGGGUACCUUGCCCCGAGCCCGAGUUCAAGGUCGAUGUCAAUGCCGUCCGUCGUCUGAUCAACCCCAACACUGUCCUGCUCGUAGGCUCGGCACCUAACUUCCCCCACGGUAUGGUCGACGACAUCCCUGCCCUGUCGCGCCUUGCUACAAAGUAUAAGAUUCCCCUUCACGUGGACUGCUGCUUGGGAUCCUUCGUCAUUGCCCACCUGAAGAAAGCCGGUUUCCCCUCACCGUACGAGGAGGAAGGUGGCUUCGAUUUCCGCCAGCCCGGUGUUACCAGUAUUAGUGUGGACACUCACAAGUACGGCUUCGCCCCCAAGGGCAACUCAGUCCUGUUGUACCGCAACAAGGCUUACCGCAGCAACCAGUAUUUCAUCUACCCCGACUGGUCCGGCGGUGUCUAUGCCUCUCCCUCCAUUGCCGGCUCGCGCCCUGGUGCCCUCAUUGCCGGUUGCUGGGCGAGCUUGAUGAACGUGGGCGAGGCUGGUUACAUCAACAGCUGUACCGAGAUCAUCAACGCUGCUCGCAAAUUCGAGUCUGCCGUUCGCGGACACACGUUGAUCUCGCUUCACAUGGAAGUCGUGGGUAACCCGAUGGUCAGCGUUGUCGCGUUCCGCAGCAAGAACGGAGCCAUUGAUACCUACGAUAUUGCCGAUGAUCUGUCUGCCAAGGGCUGGCAUCUCAAUGCGCUGCAGUCUCCAGCUGCUCUGCACUGCGCUUUCACCAUUCCUACAGCCAAGGCCGUCGACCAGCUCAUCGCCGAUGUGGCCGAGUGCAUUGAGAAAGAGCUUGAAAAGGCCGAGGAGCGCCGCCGCCAAGGAAAGGCGUACAUUCUGGAGCGUGGUGAAACUUCCGCUCUGUAUGGUGUUGCAGGCAGCAUUCCCGAUAAGAGCAUUGUCAGCCGUCUGGCCGAGGGCUUCCUAGAUACCCUGUACAAAGCCUAA